AUGGCGAAGGUCUCAGAGCUUUACGAUGUCACUUGGGAAGAAAUGCGAGAUAAAAUGAGAAAAUGGAGAGAAGAAAACUCAAGAAACAGUGAGCAAAUUGUGGAAGUUGGAGAGGAAUUAAUUAAUGAAUAUGCUUCUAGACUUGGAGAUGAUAUUUGGAUCAUAUAUGAACAGGUGAUGAUUGCGGCCCUAGACUGUGGUCGGGAUGACUUGGCAUUGUUUUGUCUUCAAGAGUUGAGAAGACAGUUCCCUGGUAGUCACAGAGUCAAGCGACUAACUGGCAUGAGAUUUGAAGCCAUGGAAAGAUAUGAUGAUGCCAUACAGCUAUAUGAUCGAAUUUUACAUGAAGAUCCAACUAACACUGCUGCAAGAAAGCGUAAGAUUGCCAUUCGAAAAGCCCAGGGAAAAAAUGUGGAGGCCAUUCGGGAACUGAAUGAGUAUCUGGAACAAUUUGUUGGAGACCAAGAAGCCUGGCAUGAACUUGCAGAACUUUAUAUCAAUGAACAUGAUUAUGCUAAAGCAGCCUUUUGUUUAGAGGAGCUUAUGAUGACUAAUCCACACAACCACUUAUAUUGUCAACAGUAUGCUGAAGUUAAAUAUACCCAAGGUGGACUUGAAAACCUUGAACUUUCAAGAAAGUAUUUUGCACAGGCAUUGAAACUGAACAACAGAAAUAUGAGAGCUUUGUUUGGACUUUACAUGUCCGCAAGUCAUAUUGCUUCUAAUCCAAAAGCAAGUGCAAAAACAAAAAAGGACAACAUGAAAUAUGCUAGUUGGGCAGCUAGUCAAAUAAACAGAGCUUAUCAGCAUUCCAUCUCUCUAAUAUUCAGAGAGGUCAGAAGAGGGUGAUAUAAUAAAAGUUGAAGAAAGAGUUUUCAAGAAGAAAGUGCUCUGCAUUCGAUGUGGCGGGGAGAUCAAGCAAACUGAGAUCGCAGAAAAGAUCAUGAGACUUGGCAGGGGCGCCGAAGGGCCAGUUCUAGGAUCCAGAAGAUGCAAAGCCAUAUUCUCUGGAGUCAAGGAAAUAUGUUUGUUUUCCACAAGACUUGUGUUUUAUGUUGUUAGUGUUGUGUCUUACUCAUUUUUUUCCUGGUAUCUCUGAGGCUUAGCACAGACUUUUGCCCACAGUAGGCACCAGACUAAGAUCUUAGAAGUGGGUGGCUGAUGUUGAUUGCAGGUCAAAAAGGUCUUGAAAUGCUCCGUGGAAGGCCCUGCUGGAUUAGGAAGAACACUGUGAGUGGUGAUCCAGAGAGGAACUGAUGAUUGGAAGAUGGUGAUAAACGAAGACAACAUGGAUGUUAGCUGAUGAAAAACAAUGAUGGGCGGUGGGUAUAUACAUCAUCGAGUUCUGUCUCUGGAGUCCAAGGAGAAGACCGUGCCUCCUACCUCUCCCUGACUCUGGGUCGUCCUGAUGUCACUGCUAUCAGUCAGGAAUGCCACCCAAACCCAAAAUUUUUAGAUGAAGUGGGGUCACAGAAAUUUUGGUCUAUCGUAAAUUGAUGACAACUUACAUUUUGAAAGCAUUUAUUAUAUGAAAAUGUACUAAUGCUGGUAAAAUAUUUUUUUUUCAGUAGAUGAAGAAAAACCAUUUAGGAUAACUCCAUGUACAUUUGUGAAUUUAAAAAAAGUCAUUGAAAAAUGGGCAAGUUACAUGAAUAGGUAACUCAUAGAACGAGAUACUGGGCAAAAUACAGUUCAAUUACAGAACUAUUUAUUGAAUAAACAACAGGCUAUGGUAGGGCUCCAAAAGGAGAAACCGGAAGUAGCCAGAUUUAUCAAGAGCCUUGUGUGUCAUACCUUGGAGCUUGGACUUUAUCCUGUAGAUCACGGGAAUCUACUAAAGUACUGUCCACAUUGAAGUAACAUUAUCUUAUUAAGCAUUGCGUUGAUGUACUUGAAACAGACUUGAGCUGGUGGUAAAAGGAGGUGGGCAGACUAGCCCAGGUAAGGGGGGGAAAAUGCAACUACGGUAGGAAUAAAAGGGAUAAGAGAAAAUGGGCAGAUUUAAGAAAUAUUAAAACUUAAAAGUAGUAAGACUAGAUGAAAUGGAUAUGUUAAAGGUAAGGGAUAGCAAAGAGUCUAGGAAAAAUUCUGUUUUUCUUGGGUGAUUACCUCAGUGAUAUAAUGCUUGAUAGGAAAUAAACAAGGGCCAGCAUAUGCAUUUAUUACAAGUUUUGAAAUUGAGUCUGUAAAGUUACUUUUAAAAAUACAUUCUAAAUGUAUUUUUUUAAAUUAAAGACUUUACUUUUUAGAGCAAUUUUAGGUUUACAACAAAAUUAAGAGGAAGGUACAGAGAUUUUCCAUAUGCCCCCUGCCUCUACACAUGCACAGCUGUCACUUACCAGGAUGGUACAUUUAUUUUUACCAAGGAUGAACCUACACUGACGUGUCACUGUCACCCAAUGUUAAGUUUACCGUAGGAUUCACUCCUGGUGGUGUACAUUCUAUGGUUUUGGACAAAACUAUGAUAACAUAUACCCAUCAUUAUAAUAUUAUAUAGAAUAAUUCCUCUGCCCUAAAAAUUCUCUGUGCUCUGCCUAGUCAUCCCUCCCUCUGCCCCCUGACCUUUGGCAACUUCUGAUCUUUUAUCUCCAUAAUUUUUCCUUUUAAACUGGAACUACAUGGAGUUAUGAAGUUUUGUAUUAGUCAAUUAGUUGUAUAUGUGAUACCAUCCAUCCUCCAAACUAGAAUCAUAAAUAAG